GUGAGUUUGCUAUAUAAUAUCAAAAAGAUAUAGAGAAAGUAAAGGAAAAUAUACUGAAAGCACAACGUCAAAUGAUAGAACAGGCAAAUAAGCACAAAAGACCUUCUCAGAUUGUUGUAGGUGAUCUGGUAUGGGUCAAGUCUAAAGAGUUUGCUCCUGAAGAGAACAUAUCCCAAAAGUUGUUGCCAGCCUACAGAGGACCAUGGCAAGUUCUAGAUGUGAUAGGAGAUGUGGAUGGACCUUCUUAUGCUAUUGGGAUUCCUCUGCACCUACACACGUAUCCAGUAUUCCACGCCUCAAAGCUCUUACCCUGCGUGAACAAUGAGCUAUUUCCCAGUCGCAGAUCGGCGAUUCCUCCAAGUAUGGAUGGGAGGUAUGACGUGGACAAGAUUAUUGUUGAGAGUACUGUUCAGACUGGACGUAGAGGCAGACCCCAGCAACAAUAUAAAGCGACAACCGAAGAAAAACUUGCCCUCUUGACUGAAACAGUUCUUCAUACCAAGCAAGAGGUCGCUCCAAUCAACCGGACCCUGCAAAAGGUUGAAAGCCACCAGUACGAAUUUGAAGGAGUCUGGAGCACCUUCCUUCAGAAGUCCGCCAAAGAUGCGGAUCUGCACAUUCAGUCUUACAUUCAAAAGUUAGAUAACCACAUCACACAAACCUUCACUCCAGCCGUAAUUGAGAAGAUAAUCCAGGGCAGCGGCGCAGGAAGCGGUGGAGGUGGUGAUGGAGACGGAGAUGGAGGCGAUGGAGACAGAAAAGGAAAGGGGGUACUGCGAGACGAUAAAGAUACUGAUGUCAAGAAAAUAAAACCCGCGGGGGAGGGCAACAAGGAAGAGGACGCGACCGAGGAAGAGGAGGUCGUGGACGCGGUGGAAGAGGACCCGGUACCCAGAGGGGUGGUGGCGAAGGAAGCUACUACGUGGGUGGAAGGGGCAAAGGUCCCUCGCAAGGUGGCCGGGGUUCAUAUUCUACCUGGGGAAGAGGAAGAGGCACGUGGUAUGGAAAUUGGGACAAACCAUAUCCACCCCGUCGAGGUCUGCCCAAAUGGGAGCCUUGGAAGCAAUUGGGGAUCACAGAAAAGCUACAUAAGUAAGAAAGGUUUGCAAAAGCUGCGUCUCGGGCUUAAGGUAAAGCAAUUAUAUGAGCCCAUAGUCACGGGCCUUAGUUGGGAGGAGUGGGAAGCUGUCAUCUGGUUGUCAUUCCCGGUCAUUCUUGUUGAUGAGAUUUUGAAAUGGAUGUCACGCAACAUGAAUUACAUCACCGGGCGCUCUUUUAUUGCCAAACGAUGGCGGAGAAGGAGAGAUGUGAUUCCAAAGCUUGUCAGGGAAUGGUAGCGAAGAGGGGGGAGGUGUGAGCAAUGACUGUGUGGGUUUUUUCUAGAUUUGGGAGGCAAGAUUUUGUACUGUCGAUGUGAUGGUAGUGAGCCUAAGUGAGGUAAUGUCUUUGUUAGCUUUUCGAUAUGGGGUUGCAGUUUUGAGUCUUUUGACUCACAGCCCCAGCACAUGUGAUUGUUCUGACUCUGCAUUCCCAAAAUUGGGCCGGGUGGCUGAAGAUCGUUCCACAUUGGUUUUCAUCGAACAGCUCUAUGAGCGCCAGCAAGACUCAUUUGAUGUUUAUUUCAGAUCGAUUAAAAGCUCACUUUGUGUA